GUUCGGAGUAAAAGUCGUUAAGUAUCCGAUAAAGACGGUCUCUCUCUCGCUCCCUCGUUGAAGCCUUUCUAAUUUCUCUUCUUCUUCCUCCUCCUCCUCUCGAUUCUCGAUUGGAGAUUAAAAUCAGAAAGGUAUCUACGAAAAAAGCAAAAAAAAAGAGAAACAAUCUCAAGAAUGGCGGAUCAGCUCACCGACGAUCAGAUCUCUGAGUUCAAGGAAGCCUUCAGCUUAUUCGACAAGGAUGGUGACGGUUGUAUUACCACCAAGGAGCUUGGAACCGUGAUGCGUUCUCUUGGACAGAACCCAACAGAAGCAGAGCUCCAAGACAUGAUCAACGAAGUUGACGCUGACGGUAACGGAACCAUUGAUUUCCCGGAGUUCUUGAACCUCAUGGCACGUAAGAUGAAGGACACCGACUCCGAGGAAGAGCUCAAGGAAGCGUUCCGGGUCUUUGACAAGGACCAGAACGGUUUCAUCUCAGCUGCUGAGCUCCGUCAUGUGAUGACAAACCUGGGAGAGAAGCUCACCGACGAAGAGGUUGAUGAGAUGAUCAAGGAAGCUGAUGUUGAUGGUGAUGGACAGAUUAACUAUGAGGAGUUUGUCAAGGUCAUGAUGGCUAAGUGAUUAAGGUUUUUGUUACUAAAUACUCUCUUUUAUAUUUUACUAUUAUGUUCUAAAGUUUUUUAUUCAUGGAACUUGGUUCUGUUUUAUGGCUGUUUAAGAUGCAAAUGUUGUCUCUUUUAUGCUCUGUUUUGUGUCCGAACAUUUCAAGUCUUGGUCUUUGUAAGUUUGUAACUUUGGUCUAGUUUCGUGGUGUUUGUUAUUAAUGGUCUCUAGUAAAGCAUUA